AUGUCCCACAUCGUCCCCAUGAGCGAGUCCUCCCGCCCGGCCGAGGAGCCCGAGCAGCCGAUCCCGCAGCAGGAGGGCCAGGAGUGCCUGUCCGUCCAAGUCAGCCAGGAGCGUCAAGAAGGCCAGGAGAUUCCAGCGAUGAAGCUCUCCUCUGAGGACGCCGCAGAGACUCCAGUCGUGCCUCUUGAGGCCUCGCCCGCUUCCUCCCGCCACUCCAGCGGACACCAGUGCCGCGUCAACGUAUCCUGGAAGCGCACCCAGGGGCGCAGCUACCUGAGCUACUUCAAGAAGUGCCAGAGCGCAGCGCCUUCGUCUUCAGCUCCCUCUCCAGUUCCAGAUGAGUCUCUGUCUCCCGAAGAGUCUCUUCUACCAGAGGCAUUUCUCUCCCCAGACGCAUCUCUGUCCCUAGACCCGUCUCGAAACCCGUCUCUGGACUCACAUCCAUCGCCGGCUCCGUCGCCCAGCCUCUGGGAAUGGGCCCCCGACGCCUUCAAGAAGACCUCACCCAGUGCCAGCGAGGAGCAAGUGGCCUCUCCGACCCCGACCUCCUGGCGCGCCACCGCCGAGCCGGCGCACUGCUCCAGUGCCCUCCCCGCCUUCACGGCGCCCAAGUCGAGCUUCAAGGACGCCCCGGCGUGCCGACUCUACGUGCCCCCGGCGGUGCGCGAGUUCGUGGCCGAGCAGCUCCGGGAGCAGCAGCAGCAGAGGGAGCAGGGGCCGCCGAAGCCCCUUAGCUGGAGGGCCGUGGCCAGGCCAGCACCUAAGACAGAUGUCGAGGCCGCCAGGAGGAGCGAGCCGAAGAAGGACGAGGACACGGCCGCCAAGAAGUUCCACAAGGGACGCACCAACUCCGUGUCCACGGCCACCGAGCUGAAGACCGCCAAGAUCCGGGGCCGGGAGUUCUACAACUCGAUGCUGACCAAGAGCACCAAGCCGGACAGCAGCAGCAGCUCGCGGAAGCUCUCCUGGUCCUCCUACCUCUCGCGCCGCCGCCAGAUGGCGACCCAUGCGCCUGCGAUGACCCAGCAGGGGAUCACGCCCCCGCCGAAGAAGCCUCGCAAGCAGCCCCCCGCCGGCUGGCGAGUGCACCCGGAGGAGCCGCGGGACGACGUGGAGGUGCCCCUCUUCCAGAACCCCGACUUCCAUCUGAAGACCGACAAGAGCACCGACGAGGAGAUAGCCCUCAUCUACCGCCACCUGGACAGCCUGGGCGAGGCGAUGAUCAACCACAUCGAGCAGGGCCUCUACGACGACCUGCGCCGGCAGGCCUCCGCCAGUGACCAGCUGGGCAGGGAGGCAGAGGAACAGUACAAGCUGCAGCAGCAGCAGCAGCAGCAGCAGCGGCAGGAGCAGCUUGAGCUGCACCAGAUGCAGAUGCAACAGAUGCAGAUGCAACAGAUGCAGAUGCAACAGAUGCAGAUGCAACAGAUGCAGAUGCAACAGCAGGCCCCCCAGCCCUACCAGCAACAAAUACCCCAGAUGUACCAACAGUUUCAGAAUCAGCCAUCGCAGCAGGACCAGAGGCAGCAGGACCUGCGACAACUACACUUGCUGGAGCAACAGAUGCAACACCUCAGGAUGCAGGAGCAAGAGCUGCAACAUCGGCUGAUGCAGGACCAACAAUACCGAGAUUAUCGGUUACAGGAUCAGCAGAUGAAACAUCUCGAGAUCCCCGAGGAUCAGCUAGAGAUGCAGUGCCGCCUGAUGCAGCACCUUCAGACACAGACACAGACACAGACCCAGCAACCGAUAAUCUCAACCGAACCGUCCAGCCAGCCGCAGUUCUUGCCACAGCCACAGAUCCACGACCAGAUGUUGACCCAGCUACAGAUGCCAGAUCCCCAGUCGCAGCAGCCAGCAGAUCCGCAGCAGAUCUACCAGUUCCAGAUGCAGCAGCACCUGUUCCAGCCACAGCCACAGCCACAGCCUCAGCCGAUCCAGGAACCAGCCCUCCAGCCGCUGCCAGUGCAACAGCAGCAACUGCACGAGCUCCACAUGCAGCAGCAGCAGCAGCAGCUUCAAAUGCAAGAGCAACACGUGCAGCAGCUCCAGAGGCAGCAGGAGCUGGCCAGGCACGAGAAGCUGCAGCAGCAACAGAUGCAGCGCUACUUGCAGCAGCUACAGCUGCAGGAGCAGCUGCGGGAGCAGCUCCACAUCCACGAGCAGGGCCUGCAGCAGCAGUGCAUGCCGCAGCCACUGGAGGUGCAACAGCAGCCGCUGCAGCCCCUGGAGGUGCAGCAGGAGGUGCAGCACGACGGCGGGACGAUGCGCGAGUUGCAGCAGAAGCAGAUGCAGCAGUUCCAGCAGAUGCGGAUGCAGGAGCAACAGAUGCAGCAGCAGCAGUCCCUCCUCGACCCCAGCGUCCCCUCGCCGCUGACCUACGCGCCCCAAGCCACCCUGGCGGCGCUCUACAGCCCCAACGACCCGGCAACAGACGCCCAGACCGGCCAGGCCGCCCAGAAUCCCCGGAUCCACAGCCUCCAGGCGAUGCUCACCCCGAGCCCCCGGCCGGAGUGGGGCCAGCGCUUCCGUCCGGAGCAGAACGGAGACGGACAGUCGAAGCCCAGUCGCUUCUUCCCCCAGCAGGACCUGGACCAGCACGGCGAUGGCCCCGGACAGGACAGCUUCCUGGCGAGGGCGGCCGAGAGGAGCCAGAAGGGCGGGGCCAGGUCCUUUGAGCCCAAGUCCGUGGCGGGCAAGCCGCCAGCCAGCGCCAUGGCCGGGGACGGCAACGAUGCCGCCGACAAGGUCUUCGUCCGGGCCGUGGGCGACCCCUACUACCGGAGUCCCGGCGCCUCCAAGGCGUCUCCCGUCAAACCAGAGUCGUUUCCCUACCUGAAGGCUCUGAAGCAGGCGAAGGAGAACCAGCAGGCCCCGCCCAGCUCGUGGCGCAGUCAGGCCCCGCCCCCUCCCCCGGCGGCGCCGGCACAGGACAACGUGGCGAAGGUGCCGUUCAGAACCACUGCGAGGAAGCAGGACGCGCCCCAGCCGCGCUUCAACCAGUACGCCGGCAACAAGACCGGGCCGACCUCUAGCUACGGCUACAACGCUGCCCAGGUGGCCGCCAACAACGGGCGGAACAAGGUGCCGGAGGGCACCCGUCCCAAGAGCUACAAGGGCGCCAUCAACGGGCCGAAGAAAGGGCAGAAGGACCCGAAGGAGAAGGCGGUGGCCAGUGGCCAGUCGGCGGGGGCCGCGAACCAAGGCCAGCGGAUCAGGAACAAGGGCGGAAAGAGCAGUCGUCGGGUGGACUCGCAGGGCUUCGUCCUGAUCGGCGGCGAGGGCCGGAAGAUGCCCCACCUGGAGCCGGCCGACAGGGCGGGCGACAUGGGCAACCAGUUCAACCUUUUGGACGACAACGACUGCUAA